UCUCUCCAUUUAUUUUAAAAAAGAAAAAAAAUGCUGCCUUAUGAGAGUUUAGAAGAAGCACAAUUAGCAUUUGGUAGAAAUCUUACCAAUGGAGAGAAAUUAUGGUUUAAAUAUUCAGCAAAUAAAUCUGAUUUUAUUCUUCAUUAUCACAACAUUUUAUUUGUGAUCAUAUUUUACUCUUUACUCCCUCUACCUUAUGUUUUGAUGGAGCUAAGUGGAUCAAAGAAAAUGGAAAAAUACAAAAUUCAGCCCAAAUUCAAGAAAUCAUUCUCUGAUAUGUUCAACUGUUACAGUUAUGUUAUUCGAAGUUUUCUUUUUGUUGUUGGCCCUAUUCAAGUUAUUUCUUGUCCUACCGUUCAGUGGAUUGGGAUCAGAACUGACUUGGAAAUACCAACAGGAAGUGAAAUAUUCAUGCAAAUAUUGGUAUAUUUUCUGAUAGAAGAUUAUUCAAAUUAUUGGAUACACAGAUUUUUGCAUUCGAAGUGGGGCUACGAUAAAAUACAUCACGUCCACCAUGAAUACAGUGCACCGAUUGCACUAGCAGCACCGUAUGCACACUGGGCUGAGAUUGUAAUACUUGGAAUUCCUUCAUUUCUUGGUCCUGCUUUAGUUCCUGGUCACAUUCUUACCUAUUGGCUUUGGUUCAUUUUAAGGCAGUUGGAAGCUAUUGAGACUCAUAGCGGAUAUGAUAUUCCAUGGAGUCCAACAAAAUUUAUUCCAUUUUAUGGAGGAGCUGAAUACCAUGACUAUCAUCACCAUGUUGGAAGAGAAAGUAAAAGUAAUUUUGCUUCAGUUUUUACUUAUUGUGAUUUUAUUUACGGAACCAAUAAGGGGUACCGGUACAAUAAGUCGACUGUGAGAAAGGAAAUUUGAAGACAAUGCACCGAGGAUGGUGACAGCAAAGGAUAUGCCAAUAUCCCAGAUCAUUUGGGUAGCUUUUGGAGCACUUGGACAUCAUUGUUACUUAAAUUUGUCCACAAUUAGUAAUCAAUAAUCUUGUAUAUGUAAGAACUUGCACCUCAAUUUAUUUAUCCCAAAAUAAUACCAGUAA